UUUUUUUUAUUUUUGAUCAAACUUAAAAAGAUAUGUUCGAUUAAUAUUUUAAAUAGCAAAAACAAAAACUGUUCGAUUAAAUACAAUAUUAUAAUUUUGUAUUAUGCAAUUUUAUUAAGAAUUAAAUUUUUUGCAAAACCCUCAUCAAAAUUACAACGCUUAAUUGUUCUCUACAUACAAACAUAUUAAAAGCAUCAAUAUGAAAAACCACAAGGAUUAUGCAAAUUUUCAAAAUAAAUUUAGAUAAAACUAUGCAAAAUGGACUAGCAUAACAGCAAUUAAGUACAGGAAACCAAUUUGAAAGUACAGCAACAAAAAAAAAAAAACAAAAAUAUAAAAAAAAAAUUGCAAAUUAUUUUCUUCUUACUUACAUGAAUUGUUAUAGAAAUGAAAAAUUUUCAUUAUGAUCAAAAUGACAAUCAAAAGCUAAACAUCACUUACGUUCGAUUUAUUGAAAAUUUUACAAUAAUUUAUGUAAUUAUUUUUUUAAUAUUACAACAUUUAUUUACAAUAAUACCAACAACAAUAAAAGUAGAAGUAAUUAUAAUUACAAUAACAACAAUAGCAAUUAUUAAAAUUGAAUCUCAUCUAUUUAAUAAAUUUCAAUAUUUGUUCUUAUCAAACUUAAAAAUUAAUAAUAAUAUAAAAUUAGUAAUAAUAAUUGAAAUAUCAAUGAAUUUUUUAAAUAAAACAUCAUUGUUAUUUAGUGGUGGCGGUAGCAAUGAUAGUAUAAAAAAUCACAGUAUUAAAAUUAAUAAUAAUGACAGUAGAAUACGUAAUAGUAGUAGUAGUGUUCACGUAAAACUUAAUAAUAUUAAAAUAAAUAAAAAUGAUUGUUCGUUAACAAAACUUUAUAAAAAUGAUACAUUAUUAUCAUCAUCAUCAUUACCAACAUCGUCAUCAUCAUUACCUUUACCAUCAUCAGUAUCAUAUUCGCAUUCAUCAGAACAAUUACCACCAACAAAAUCAACGUCUUCUUCAUAUGCACAGGAAAUUUUUGCGUCAUCAUCAUCAUUAUCAACAUCGUCGUCGUCGUCAUCAUCAACAUUUUCAGUGGCAAUAACGACAGUAGAUAAAGAUAUUACAAAUAAAACGUUAACCGCAACCACAAUACCACAAUAUUCUAUAAAAUCAAGAAAUUUUUCUUGUGAUAAUUUUUCAAAUGAAUAUUAUACGGAAAAAGAUAAUUUUAAUAUAAAUCAAACAGAAUAUUCUCCAUCCAUAAAACAUUUAAAACAAAUUGAAGAAAAUAAAGAACAACUAAAUCAUCAACAACAACAAUUACAUAAUAUAGGGCAAUAUGAAUAUCAGAAAACGGAUAGAAUAGGACAAUAUAAUAUUGAAGACAUUACAAUAUCUGCUAUUGAAAUGGAUAAAAAUAAUAAUGAUUAUAAUGAUGAUAGUAAUAGUAAUAUAAUGCAUGAACAAGGAAUUAUUAUUGAUCAAGAACGUGAAAAAGAAUUAGAAGAUGAUGAAUUGCAACAAAAAUUACAAUUAGAAAAAUCAUUCCAUACAAUAAUAUUAGAUAAUACAUUAAAUGAAGAUUUUAAUGAUGAUGAUAAUAUUGAUGAUUUAUCAGUAUUUGAUAUGACUAGUAUGGAUAAUAUAUUUAGUACAAUUAAUACAAAUAAUUAUAACAAUAAUCUCAUAAAUAAUAACAAUAAUAAUAAUAAUUAUAAUAAUAGUAAUAUUCUUCUAUAUGAUACAACAACAUUUAUACCAUUUACAAAUUUUACUUCAUCAUCACAAAUAACAUCAUCAUUAUCAUCAUCAUCUUCGUCUUUGUCAUCAAUAUCAUCAUUAUCAACAUCAUCGUUAUCUUCAGCAUCGUCAUCAUCAAAUUCAUUACAUGGAACACAAAUAACAACAGCAAAUGAUUUAUUUGAAUUAACAUUAAAUACAACAUUAAGUAAUUUUAAUUAUACAAUAUCUAAUAAUUAUAAUACACAUAUAAAUAUAAAUGCAACGGUAACUGCUACAGCAACUGCAAUAUCAACAACUACUACAACAAUAGAAGGAACAAUUAAUGAUUCAAAUUUUCAUUAUUCGGAUCAUUUUAAUUGGAAAAAUUUAUGCCUUUUAACAAUAUUUUUUACAUUCAUUGUGAUUACAAUUAUUGGCAAUACAUUAGUUAUAUUAGCUGUUAUAACAACAAGACGUUUACGUACUGUUACCAAUUGUUUUGUAAUGAGUCUUGCCGUUGCUGAUUUAUUAGUUGGUAUAUUUGUAAUGCCACCCGCUGUUGCCGUUCAUAUAUUAGAUUCAUGGCCUUUAUCGUGGGUUUUAUGUGACAUUUAUAUUUCCUUAGAUGUAUUACUAUGUACAGCUUCAAUACUGAGUUUGUGUGCCAUCAGUGUUGAUAGGUAUCUAGCUGUAACUCAACCGUUGACAUACUCAAGGAAAAGAAGGUCAAAACGUUUGGCUCUUAUAAUGAUUUUGAUUGUAUGGUUAUUGGCUUUAGCAAUAACUUGUCCUCCUAUUUUGGGAUGGUAUGAACAAGGACGACGUGAUUUAACAUAUUGCCGUUACAAUCAAAAUGAAGGAUACGUUAUAUUCUCAGCAAUGGGUUCAUUCUUUAUACCAAUGACAGUAAUGAUUUAUGUUUAUGCAAGAAUAUCAUGUGUUGUGGCGUCUCGACAUGACAAUAUGACUGAUAUCAUCAAUAACAAGAAAGGAAAGAAGGUAAUUACAUUGGAUACUGAAGCUGAAAUUGAUCAAAUGUCAUCAGAACAAGAUGAUAAAAGUCCUGCACAAAAAAAACAAACAGCAGCUAGAACAUUAUCAAGUCAAACGAUAUCACGUGACAUUAAUGAUGUUAUUUUAACAAGUGAUUCAGAUAAUCCAUCUCGUCAUUUAAAUACAAAAAAUGGUAGCAGUUAUGAAUUAAUACCAACAUCAAGAACACCGUCCUUUAAACGUCAAACAUCUGCAUUAUGUAGUUCAAAACAUUAUCAUCAAACGACAACAACAAUAACAUCAGAUAAUCGAAGUUGUGCAUCUGAAUCAUCAGAACAACAUCAACAACAUUUAAAUCAACAGCAAUCACAACAACAACAACAACAACAGCAACAACAUCAAAAACAUUGGGCUAAUUAUGGUCGACAUAGUGUUCGUAUGCAAUUUGUUAAAAAUACAACAUUAAUAAUUGGUGGCGGUGAAUCAUAUGUAACACGUAAUACUCGAGUACAUCAUCAAAAAUCUUUAUCAAAUCGUAUAACAUCAUUAAAUAAAGAAAAUAAAACAACACAAACGUUAAGUAUUGUUGUUGGUGGUUUUAUUGUUUGUUGGCUACCAUUUUUUCUCAAUUAUAUAAUUGCACCAUUCCUUACAACAGAACAAAGACAUCCAUCACUUGAUGAAUUUUUAACAUGGUUAGGUUGGUUUAAUAGCGCUGUUAAUCCAUUUAUUUAUGCAUUUUAUAGUGUUGAUUUUCGUGCAGCUUUUUGGCGUUUAACAUUAAGACGUUGCUAUAAAAAUUCCGGAAAAAAUCAAUUUCCAAGUAAUACAAUGUCAAUAAGGCGAUAGUAAGUUUAAAAAAAUAUUAAAAGAAAAAAAAAAAAUACUGUAAUACUGUAAUAAAAAAAGUAAUUAAAA